AUGCUUCCUCAAGAACAAAUUGAAAAAAAGCAAGACGAGCCAAAAACAGAUCAAAACGAUAAAAAAGAAGAAAACAAUCAGCCAGUUCAAGUAGUUGAGCAUAAAAACGCCCAAUUAUCAAUUGUUGUCAAAAAUCUUCCAGAAGGAACAACUUCUCAGCAAAUUUCUGAGUUUUGUAAGAGAGUAGGAGUUCUUGCAACACAUCCAGAAACUGGUGAAGAUUUAAUUUUAUUAAAUCCUCACUCAUAA